UUUCCCGUCGGACACGGAAGCCGAAGCCGCGGUGUUUUAAAAAGUUUGAACAAACUUUGCGACAACCUCAGAGGUUAUAUUUUUCGCAUAUGGCAAAUUCGGUCAACCUUUUGAAUGUAUUUACACGGAAAUGUCACUUUAGGUUAAACGUCCUAGCUGUUGUUUUAUAGUCUUCUCACGUUCUGAAUACUGAACCUUUUGCAGAGGUGCGUUUGGAUUACAUCCAGAAACUUCAGGUAGCGCUAGCAAAGAUUGGGCAGGCGUUGCAGGCGGUCUUCGUUGGUGCCAGUUAGCUAUUGUGACUAGGUAGGCUUAGUUUUAUGACUGUGUAGUACAAUUUCGACUUGUUUAGCUUUCUUAAGGCGCAUCUCAGAAAUGCCCCGUGUUGACAACGCUGGAGCGCCCGACGGUGGUGCCAGGUUGGCGACUGAGCCUUUAGCUCGAAGGCUAAUGUUUGCGCACGGGUUAGACAAGGAUGUAAGCAGCCAUGAACUUGAUCGAACAGACUUUCAGAGAGCUUCUCUCCACGAAACAUCUCAGCAAGGAAUGUCUAUGUCAAUUAAGUCAUCUCCACAGCAAAAAUACAAGGAUGACAGAAAGCAAUGGCCCGCCCGUAUACUAUCAAUACUCCUCUGCGUCAUCGUUGUGUCUGUCAUCGCGUUGUUUUUUGCCUUUAUCUAUGUUAUUUUAAAAGAGCUUAAAGCAGAAAAAAUAAUAAGAGAAGACGGAACAGAAGUCAGACUACUAGGGUUUUGGAGUUUGUUGAUGCUCUCCUCAUUGGCUGGGAUCUCCUGUUGCAGCUUCUCCUGGACGCUUACCUACUUUGACUCCUACGACCCCGGCACGUUUCCUCCAACCUCCCUGUCUUCCUCAAGAUUGAGGCGAAUGACUGGACACUCCUUCCAUAUGGGAUACAGUGUGGCUAUUCUCAAUGGCAUUGUUGCAGCAUUCACAGCCAUGUGGUGUCUCUCCUGAUGCCCAGGCAACGUCACUGCUUUACCACAACCCCUUGCUACGCCAGUGCAGUGAUUUGUAUAAAGUGCCUUCUAGCGGCUUAAGAAACCACAGUGUUUGUUUUAUUAAGUGCCUUUAGAAUGUAAUGUUGAAUGUUGUUGAACACUGAUCCUAUGAGAAUCACCUAUAUGUGUGUGAGUGUGUGUGUCAGGAUAAUUCAUCCUGUGUACAUAUAAUCAGGUUUUUUAAAUGGAAAGUGUUCAUUUUUAGUUGUGUAGUUGCAAUGACAAGCCUGUACUUUGUUUAAGAAGUGACAUGCAAAAUGAGAAGCUUAGGACUGAUUUCUCUCAAAUGAUGUUGUUGUGUUAGGAUGAAUAUAAUUAAGUGUAGUUUAAAGUGCUGUGUAAUUUGCAUUCUCAGUAUUUUCAUGUACUCCUUUGAUGUUUAAUGCUGCUCUUUGUGAUUUAUUUGUUUGCACAAAAUCCUCAAACAUUUGCUUUUAAAAAGGGCAUCUCUCUCUCUCUCUCUCUCUCUCUCUCUCUCUCUCUCUCUCUCUCUCUCUCUCUCUCUCUCUCUCUCUCUCUCUCUCUCUCUCUCUUCAUGCUUCGGGAUGAUUGUUAAGUAAUGAAUUAUGUUUUCCUGUUUUGCGGCCACUGAGUCGAGCUUUAAUGGCAUUUAAUGACUACUAAGUGAUCUUACCAAGCUGUAAUCGGGAGCAGAGAGUACAGCAGAGCUAGGGACGGGGGGAGAGAGCAGAGAACAUCUCAAUGUGGUAGUGAGUGUCCCUGGGGGCAUGGCAACAGACUGUUUAAGUGUGAAUUCAGUGUGGUAUUCUCAUAACCAUACAGCCAACAUUCUCUCUUUUCUCUCUCUCUCUCUCUCUCUCUCUCACUCACUCACUCACUCGCACACACACACACACACACACACACACACACUCACUCACUCACACACACACACACACUCAUCCGAGGACUUUUCACUUUGUCUUAAAGUAGAGUGGCCCCCCUAGCUACUCGUUUGAGCAGAGCAAAAUCUCUGUGCUGUUAAUUGAGUUAUCUCCUAGACACCAUUUCCCACUCUCCCUGACUGAAAGGGAGAGAGAGAGAGAGAGAAAGAGGGCACUGGAUAAAUUAUUGGUGUGGGGUCGAGAUGGGGCUUGCUGUUUUCUCCUCUGAUUUGAUUCUCAGCUAAACUAAAUCCCUGGUGUUACCUAUCUAGCGGCGCAGGUUUUUAUUUCAUCAUAGGAUUGACAUGUAUAUGCUACAGGCAAUGAACAGGAUGCAUUUGUUUUGCCUUUCAAAUAAAGAACCAACAGUGAA